AGCUAUAUUAAUUUUUGAUCCAGAUGUAUUUCACAAGCAAUGUGGAAGUGACUAUCCUCUUUAAACAAUGGCACGUGACAACAGCAGCUGGUUUGCUCGGAUCAGCUAUUGGCAUAUUUAUUUUGGCUAUGGUUUAUGAGGGCCUAAAGUUCUUGAGAGAAUAUUUGUAUAAAAAAAAUGCUUCAUCUAUUCAAUAUGCCACUGUUGCUGUUACAAGUCAAAGUGGUGGAUCACGUGUCACAGAAAUCCAGAAAGUAACAAGAAACAGAAUGCUGAGUGGACCACACCUGAUUCAGACACUCCUCCAUGUUGUCCAGUUUGUGAUCAGCUACUUUUUGAUGCUUAUCUUCAUGACAUACAAUGUGUGGAUAUGUAUUGCUGUAGCACUCGGUGCUGGAGCUGGAUUCUUCCUGUUUGGCUGGAAGAAAGCAACAGUGGUGGAUGUAACUGAACAUUGUCACUGAAGAACUUAAAACUUUUGUGUAUGAUAUUGAAUGUUUUAUAUUUAUAUUCACAUUUGUGUAAAUCUAGAAAAAGUUUGACUUUGCUUUUGGGUUCCCAGAAAUAUAUAAUUUUAGUAUAAUUAUUCAGAUAUUUUCCUCAGAAUUAAGAAUGAGCUCUAGCAUGGUAAGAAUAUUAAAUUACAUGUCUAAAAAUGUAUUAUAU